UAAUUAUUUUGAUUAAUUAAUUUUCUACUUGAUCAAAUGGUCUGUUAACAGGCGGAAAAAGCUCUGACUAUUGAUACUUCUGGAUAUAUGUCGCUCUCAGAGUCGCUUGAGCAUUCAUUUUAAUAGAAAGAUAUAAAGAAGUUAUGGAAUUAUAUCAGUACUUUUUUGAUUUGACAGGGUACAAUAGUUUUGCACUUGAACAAAGAAAAUUUCAACAUUUUAGCGGUUAUUAGAUCGCUUUUGCUUUUACUCCCACCACCUGCUACUCUGCUCGUUAAAUUGUUUCUAGAGGUGUUAAAUGUGGCAUGCUUCCAACCGAUAGGGUUUUAACCAGAAUAAUAUUGCAAAUGGCUCACGGAGGUGCUAUCGACUGGCUUGGCAAUGGCAAUGGAAAUAGAGUUAAAUGUUCAUAUAAAAAGGCUACCACGGUCGUAUGCACCGCGAAUUUAGUAGCGGCGCUUUACGUUUUACACACUCUGCUCGCCCCUCUUUAUAUAUUCUCUCCCACACAAAGUUCAUUGCAAGUUCUAAAAUAUACAGAGCACGAGCAUACGCGAAUGCAACAAGCCAUAAAAGUUCGCCGGGAAUCGGAACCUGUAGAUCUAAUUCUUAGGGUGAAAGAAAUAGAGGAGGAGGCAUUGAGGGAAAAUAUGAUGGAGAAGCUGUUGCAAUCUACGAGAGAGAAGCUCAAGGAUGAGGUUCUGCGAGUACUAAAAGAGCUGAACGCAGACAGUAAUUCAACUGCUCAACAAGUCCUUGAAGAUUGGCGUAAGAAAAAACUUGAAGAAGCUAAGAAGGGCAAGAAUAUAAAAGCCGUUGCUAAUUCUACUGUGCAGCCUGUGGAUAAUGAGAUGGUGGCCAAAGUAUUGGAGUCUGAUUGGGUUUCUGUUUUGGAGGAAGCUGGUGUUCCAUUCAAUCCUGAAACUUCAGAUGAUGGUAGUGGAAAGCUGCUGCAGGGUGGGCCUGAGAUUGAAGAUGGAAUUAUACCUGGCAGGACGCUUCCUAUUCAAUGUCAUGCUGAAGCUCACACGGACUAUGAUGGAAUUGCAGUUAGAUGGGGUCUGACACACCAUAAAGAAAGCGCAGCAGACUGUUGUCAGGCUUGCUUGGACCAGGCAAAAAUUGCAAAAGUUGGUGAAAAAAAGUGCAACGUUUGGGUUUACUGUCCAUCUGAAUCUGGUUGCUAUUCUCCAGAUAAAUAUGAGCACAAGCAUCAGGAAUGUUGGCUGAAGCAGGCUGAUAAUGCAAAGCUCAACUUCAAGGGCAGAUAUAGUGAAGCUUAUAGACGGGAGCAUCCAUCAGCACCAGUGGUGGUUCCUUGGGUGUCUGGUAUGACAUCUAGCUGAGUGAUAUUUCAAGGGAUUUAGAGAUUUACUAUUUGGCAGAAAGAAGCUCUGAAGUUCCAAGGGGAUGUUUUGGACCUGUGUCCACAAUAAUCACAGGGAUUGAGUCUCAAGUGUUCGUUAGCAUGUUCUUUGUGGCAGAUGCUUUAUUUUUUGGUCUCCAAUGGAAUUUGGCUUCAAUAUUCCCCAAGCAUAUUUAUGAUUGCAGUGAGAACACAAGUGAUGUGUUUUCAAGAAAUUUCUGGGCUAUUUCCUUUAGCCUUUGAGAUUUUCUGGUCGAGUGGUCAGAGAGGCAGGAGCAGAUUAUGUUCAUGACGAAAGCCAAAAAAAUUUGCUUAACAAUAUAUUUCCUUAACCACAGGCGCCUUUUUAAGAAAAUACUUAUAUGGUGCAUUCUUUGUCAGUAUUUGAGCUAUUUGCAUUAUUUAAUGCUUCUUUGUUGGCCCUUGUGAGUCUUGCCUAUGUCUUGGUGCUUGACAUACAGGUAAGGCCUAUUGCAUCUGCUUUAUUGUAGUUGGGUCAGGUCAAAUGGCAUUUUCAUGAUUCUUUCUCAGAUUCAUGUCCAUAAUACCAUAACCUUGUUGAUUUUA